CCUCCCCUCCGCGUCCCAACCCCGCGCGACGCCAGGCCCUCCGCUGUGAUGACCGUGUGUUGUAGAGGUGAUGAUGGGUGGUGAGGUAACAUGACAGACUGUGUUGGGGUUAGCCAGAAGUAAAGUAGUUAAUGUGUGAGCGAGCUGGGGUUCAGUGUCGGGAAGCUGACUCGGAUUUACCCCUUGCAGGAGGACUCGCGGGUACCGAGCAGCUCGUGGGCGAAAUACGCCGGUGUAGACAGUAGCGGCGACCCCAGACCACGAGACGGAGUGGGCGGUGGUGGGAGCAUGUGGGCGGCGCCGCUCCCGGGGGCUCUGGUGCCCGCCCCCCCACCACGCCCGGAGGGGGGCCUUGACAACAGUAGCUUGCGUCCUCACGUGUGUCAGUAUUGUGGCUAUUCCUUUUGUCGCCCCUCGCAGCUCGCGACUCAUAUUAGGAUUCACACGGGAGAGAAACCGUACCGUUGCACCGUGUGCUCGUAUAGCGCGGCGCAGAAGGGCAACAUGCGCAGGCACAUGCAUCUCGUUCACGGUAUUGUGGUGGAGUCGAACUUCGCCCCGAGUAGCCUCGGCGCUCCCAAGGAGACGCCUUAGCGCGAGGGGCGAACGCGUCCAUGCUCUCGUGUCUAUCUUGUUCCUGCUCUUGCUGUUUGUCUCUGCCUCUCCUGUGGUGGUGGAGGCUGCAGUGUGUGCCUGCUUGUGGCUGCUUGUUAGUGGGUUAGGUGUGCACACAGCAGACUAUGCUGAGAGAGAGGCUGUGCUUGACUCUGGCCUGUUUUGUCUCUUGUAGGGCGUGGGCGGCUACCGAAGCGGCGUGGCCCUGG